CAACACUCAGGCGCAUUUUAUCACAACCCACUUGACCCUUCUAGCUUGCGCUUCUCACCGUCGUCCUCUGAACUGAACCCCAAGCCAUCUAGUCUCUGAACUGUCAACGACCACCGGCAUAAUGGAGCCACACCUCCUUCACCCCACUAACCUGCGCUCUUCAACCUCAACCUCCUUAACCUCUGCCACAUAUUCGAUAACACUCUGCGGUGAACAUGCCCAUAAACGAAACCCAACAAUCCAUUGUCUUCAUUUAUCGAAACGGAGCUCCAACCCGUCUUUGAAGGCCAAAAAGGAGCUUUCUCGACUUCUGAGAACAGACGCUGCUGUUAGAAACAUUGAGAAGAAAGCAAAUUCCAACAAGUACAAUAACCUUUGGCCCAAGGCUGUUUUGGAGGCUCUGGAUGAAGCUAUUGCAAACAAUCUGUGGGAGAGUGCUCUUAAGAUUUUUGGACUACUACGUAAGCAACACUGGUAUGAGCCGAGAUGCCAAACAUACACUAAGCUGCUGAUGAUGCUUGGCAAGUGCAGGCAACCUGAGCAGGCCAGCUUGCUUUUCGAACUCAUGUUAAGUGAUGGGCUAACACCUACUGUUGACGUCUACACUGCUCUUGUUAGUGUUUAUGGAAAAAGUGGCCUCCUUGACAAGGCGUUCUCUACUGUCGAUGAUAUGAAGUCAGUUUCUGACUGCAAACCAGAUGUAUAUACAUUUUCUAUUCUUAUUAAUUCCUGCACCAAAUUCAAUCGUCCUGAUCUGAUUGAAGAAGUUCUGGCUGAGAUGUCAUAUCUGGGGAUUGGAUGCAACACAGUCAUAUACAAUACUCUAAUUGAUGGCUAUGGUAAGGCUGAAAUGUUUGAACUGAUGGAGGACUCAUUGACAGACAUGAUUGAAAGUGGCAGCUGCCUUCCUGAUGUUUUCACAUUAAAUUCUUUUCUUGGGGCUUAUGGCAAAUGUGGACACAUAGAGAAGAUGGAGAAGUGGUAUGAUGAAUUUCAGCUGAUGGGAAUAAGGCCAGACCCUAAGACAUUUAAUAUCCUGAUUAAAUCAUAUGGGAAAGCAACAAUGUACGAAAAGAUGGGGUCUGUUAUGGAGUUUAUGAAGAAAAGGUUUUUCUCCCCAACUGUUGUUACUUAUAAUAUUGUAAUUGAGGUAUUUGGGAAAGCUGGAAAUGUUGAGAAGAUGGAUGAAUACUUCAGAAAAAUGAAGUAUCAAGGAAUAAAGCCUAACUCUAUCACCUAUUGUUCUCUUGUUAGUGCGUAUAGCAAAGCUGGGCAUAUGAGUAAAGUUGAUUCCAUUUUGAGGCAAGUAGAGAAUUCGGAUGUUACACUGGAUACGCCUUUCUUCAACUGUAUUAUUAGUGCUUAUGGUCGGGCUGGUGAUGUAAGAAAGGUGAGCGAAUUGUUUUUGGCAAUGAAAGAAAAAAAAUGUCUGCCUGACCAUAUCACCUUUGCUACCAUGAUCCAAGCCUACAAUGCACGAGGCAUGACUGAGGCUGCUGAGGACUUACAGAAAAGGAUGAUUACCAACACGGAAAAUUCAGGCACAAGGUUGAUUGGAUGCUAGUAUGUUAAUUAUAUUGAAGAAUAAACCUUCAAAUAUAAACAAUGCAGACUUCAAAGAUGGUCAAAACUCGGACAAAUGAUGAUAGCUUUUGGCCAGCUAUAUUGUAGAUGAUUUGGAAAGCACAAGUGUAACAUACGGCACAAGUUUUGGGAUAGAUUAUGCUCAUUGUAGAGUCAGUAUUGCGACAUUAUCCUCGGGGUAUAUCUCUAUAUUGGUGGGCCAUGUGCUGAAUGGGAGCUGAAAGUAUAGACUUAUCUUUCUUCAUUGCCCUGUUACUCUAAAGCUUUGCCACAAACUGUUUUCGGAAGCAAAUGUGAUAUGUGUGACUCCCCAAUUUUGCAUAUUCUAUGAUAGUUGCUUUUGGAGGGGGAAAAGGAGCAGAAAUAAUAUGUAAUAGUUGUCUAAUGACUAUUGCAUGCGUAUCUAGUAUGGAUGGAACAAAACCAGAGGAUUUUUGAAAACUUUAAUGUGGAUGAAGUGAAGGGGUUAUGUGAUGUCAUUUUCUUUUGGGCAUCAUUGAAGAGAAGAAGAGAGGGGGGGUUACUUGCUUGGUGCUUGCGCUAAGCAAGGUGGUCGAAGAAGGCUGCAAAUGGAAGCAACUGUAUACGACCUCCUCUUCCCCUUCCACCAACUGCUACGCUUGCAGAGGACGCCAUUGCCAUUGCUAAGUCUUGGUUGCUUUUAAUCAUUGUGGGCUUUUCAUCAGAGAUGUACCAAUUUUUCUUAUAGAGGCAUAUUAGAAGGUGGUUAUCUUUUGAGUUUUCUCUUGUUUAGGUUAGUUUCUUUUGCAUUUUAUGUGAGAUUCUUUUGCAAUGUAUUUUGAUGUUCAUAGUUGCUGGUUGGUUAUUUGUAUGUGUUCCAAACUCCAGUGGGCUUCCUUGUACACUAUGGUUGUACUUUCAUGUAUAGCAUUUUAAUAAAAUGUUUGUGU